UAGAGUUAUUAAAGUUUAUUUAAUUGGCACCAGGUAAUUGUAACGGCUCCUUCAAAAAUUCAACUUUUCGUUAUUUAGAAGUUAGAAUAGAGAUUUUCAUUAAUUUAGCAGCCACGUAAGUGGCCAAUUAUUUUAUUUUAUUUUUUUCAAUAUGUUAUACAUGGUGUAAAUUUAUUAUUUAUAAACAUGACUAUGUUACUUUAUGAAAUUGCACUCAUUAUUUUGUUUGCAAGUACAUCAUAUAGUUCAAAAUUAAACGUUCCUCGAGUUUUAUUGCCAGUAUUUGACCAUUUCACAGUUAAUUUCAAUAUUGAAGUAACUGACGAUGGCUGUUAUAAAUGGUCAUUAUUUAGAGGAGAUAAUAUUAUUAAACUAACACCACUCGACUUAAAUCCUUCUCUAGGAUGUUCAGGAAAGGCAUCCGUUUCCUCCUUAUCUAAUGAUAAAGUACGAAAAAUAGCUAUAGUUUUUGCUGAAGAUAUUAGUUCUGGUGAAACAAUUCGAUGCGAUGUUAUUGUUGAUACUAUAUCAUCUCUUCAAAUUGUUACCAAAACUAGAGAACUUUUUGUUGGUGAUGCACCAGAACUGUUUGAAGUAUCUGCUUUUGACGACCAAGGUAAUCGUUUCACAACAUUGGAUGGUGUUGAAUUUCAAUGGUCAAUAAAAGUUCUAAAAGAUCCUACUAAUACAGUUUUAAAAUUUAUAUCAUUUAAAGAUUCGCCUUAUAGCACCCCAUCAGAUCUUUAUGAAUUAGAUGAAAGAAAUAAACAAGGACAUAUGGUGCUUGUUGAAGGAGUUAAAACAGGAUCAGCAAUAGUGACUGUCAAGUUAGCAUCAGAUGAAAAUCCAAAAGCACAAGUAGAGUUGUCAGUUAUUGCUAAUCUAAGAUUAGAUCCAGCUCAUGUUAAUGUAUUACUUGGUGAUCUUCUUCAAGUUGAUAUAUAUCAAAUACAAAAUGAAAAAUUAGUAAAAAUAAAUUUACCUUCAAAUCAGUAUUCUAUUGAAGCUGAUACAUCAACAGAGAUUGAAGUACUUAGUGCAAAAAAUAAUGCUGGGCUUUUUAAAGCUUUAAAAACAGGUCAGAUCAGAUUAAAUUUAAAAGAUCAUCAUGUUGCAACUAAAAAUGACACUAUUCCUAAGUCAAUUAGUAGUUUUGUUAAUGUAUGCAAAGUUGAGUAUUUGUCAAUUGUCAUCAAACCUAACAAGUGCAAUUUAAUGAUAAUUGAUAAUAUAUAUGAGUUAGAAGUACAUUUAUAUAAUAGCAAAAACCAAUCAAUUCAAAUUGGGCCAAAUGUUAUAGUGUCUAUAGCAUUACCUGAUGAUUAUUUUGAAGUAAUAAAUACUGUACAAAAUGGUUCUUAUGUCGUGGUUCGACCUAUCAAACUAGGAAUACCAAUAAUUGAAGCAUCAAUUACUGAACCAUAUAAUGUACUAGAAUCAAAUACUAAAGUUCCUGUACCAAUUUAUUCCAGAAUAAAAAUAAAACCAAAAGAAGUUAUUUUUCCUUGGCAUUUAAAUCUUAAUAGCGGAUUACAGUAUGUAUUAGAAGCUACUGGUGGUGACAAGAGAUAUAGUUGGAGCACUAAUGAUGCUCUCGUAUGUACAGUUACAUCCCUUGGAGUAGUUACACCUCAAGGUUUAGGUGAAACUUAUAUCACUGCUACUAUGACCAAAGAUACUUUAAACCGUGAUAAUACUAGAAUUUAUGUGGUAAUACCUGAUGUUUUAAAAAUAAUUGCUCAACCUGUAGAGCAAGAAGCUGGCAAACCUAUAGUUCUUUAUGUGCAACUCUUUGCUAAAAAACCAGGUGUUGAUGAAGAAACUAGUAUUAAUGUUUGUAAUCACAAUCAGUUUAAAGUUGAGGUUGAAGAUUUCCAAUUUACAUUUAAACCUUAUAACUCAGCUCCUUUAAUAAACAACUCAUGUGCAGCAUUUUAUAUAAAUUCUGAUGUUGUAUCUUCUACUCGAGUAACUGUAUCUUUUGAAACUGAUAUCACUAUUUUAAAAGCAUCAGUGAUAGUCAGUACAUUUAAAAAGUUAGUUCCAUUGAGGCCUGAAUCCAAACGUACAGUGUUGGCUCCUGGUUGCAGUACUACUUUAAUUUUUUAUGGUGGACCUCAACCUUGGCUAGGUCAUAGUAUAGAGUAUAAAACAGAAUUUGAAAUUGACAGUAAUUUAAUUGAAUAUUCUGAACUUCCUGUUAAUCGAGAUAUUGAUGGACAUAAAACCUAUGCUUUUUUUAUUACUUGUAAUAGUUUGGGAUCGACUAGAGCCAAUCUCACAGUUAAAAGCAUUUCUGAUUUUUCUAAAUCAAGUAUUACUGAAAUUGUUUCUAAAACAUCAGUUGAAGUGAUUUGUGCAUCACCUAAGUUUGUAAAAGUAUUAAUUGCUGAUGCUGAAGAUAGUUGUCCACUGACAAAAUUUGCUAAUAAAAUUGUUGCCUUGAAUUUUGAGAAAUUAUACUUGCAUGUUAAUAUAAUAGAUGAAAAUGGAAAUAUUUUUGAUAAUGCAACUAUGGUAAAUACAAGUUGGACCAUAACAGAUAAUGAUUUAGUAAAAGUUAUUAGUUCUUUAGAACUCAAUGAAAUUGAAGAAUAUGGAUUUUCAUUUCCAAAUUAUCAUUACACAGUUAUUGAACCUUUAAAUAAAGUUGGGUCAACAGAAGCUGUAAUUCAGAUUACAGGUUAUAAAAAACCAUUUAUUAUUCCAAAUGACUCACACUUCAGUUCAUUUUUAGCAUCAAAUACAAAAUUACUAGAAAUUAAUCCGCCAAUUAAGUAUUCAAUGACCAUUUUGUUAGUAAAUAAUGUUAUUGUUAAUCCAGAAAAAGUUUUAGUAAUUUAUCAUCCCAAGAUUACUAGUAAGCUUUUUAUAGAUCAAGGGUCUGGAUAUUUUAAUGUUCAUAUGAAUACUCAAGACAUAGCAAAAAUAUCACAUAGUGGAAGACAGAUUGACAUCACUCCUUUAGCUCCAGGAAAUUUACAAUUAAAUGUUAUUGAUUUGUGUUUAAAAUCUAAAUCAGCUGAAGUUAUGUUUGAAGUCCGAAGUAUUUACCGAAUUGAAUUAUUAACUAAUGCUUUUGUUGAAAUUGGAGAAAGUAUUAAAGCUCUCAUAAAAGUUUAUGACUCUGAUGACAAUCCUCUUGCAUUCCAAUCAGAUGUGCUUAAUAUACAACCAGUAAUUGAAUCAAAUAUCCUUUCAUUAACAAAAAUAAAAGAAGAUAAACAACAGAAAGAUUUUAAUAAUGAGAUAAUAUUUAAUGUGAAAGGUUUAGAAUUAGGAGAAACCAAUUUAUAUUUUAUUGCUGACACUUAUCUUUCUAAGCAAAUACGUACUCAAACAACUUCUAUUAGAGUAUAUUCACCACUUCAAAUUACUCCUAAAAAUUUAACUAUUGCUGUUGGGUCUAGUUAUCAAUUAGUAAUGCAUGGUGGUCCACAAUUGGAAUGUGUAUUUGAAUAUUCUUCUGAAGAUGAUAAAAUUGUGAAAGUUAUUAAUGGUGGUCUUGUAAAAGGUCAAAAUAUAGGGACUGCAAUGGUCACUGGUAUGGCAGUUGGAGUAGAUGUCAUUACUGGUAAAAAAGUUGUAUAUUCUAAAGAUGUUAUUACUAUUAGAGUAAUUAAACUGACAAACAUUAAAAUUGAAGUUCCUCUAUUUAAAAUAAAAUCUGGCGAAAUAAUGCCUGCCUGGGUUAGAGGUAUGCCAGAUGCUUUGAGUCCAAUUAUUAUUGGAACGAUAAAACCAUCAUUCAAAUAUCAUUGGAGCACUUCUUCUGCUGGAAUAAUUCAAAUAUCUGAUGUUUUAGAAAAUACAGGAAUAUUGGUGCGCGAAGAUGAUCGAUUAUCAGUACGUAUUCGUGCUAUUAGAGCUGGUAAUACUAGAAUUAGUGUUACGGUAACAGAUCCAUCAACUAAAGUUAUUUUCACCAAUUUUAUUGACAUAACUGUAUAUGAUGAUUUGCGUUUGAUUUCACAUGUAUUGCCAAUUAAUAGUUUAAUUGUUACUCCAAGUACAGAAUUUAUGUUAAUGACAAAUAAAUACAAAGUAGCUAAACAAUCAUUUUGGGUUAGUGGAACUUCAAAGUUUGAAAAAAAUAAUUUAAUUGAACAAGAUAAAACUUACAAUACACCUUUGAUAACAGUUGACGAAAAUACAGGACUUGUAAAAACUUUCAGUACAUUGGGUCGUAGUAGUAUAUUUAUUAGUACUACAGAAGAUUUCAAUAUUGUUCAGUCAUUAGAUAUACCAAUUGAGGUCAAACGAGUAAAUUAUAUCAUGUUAAAUAUAGAGGCUACUAUUCAUUCCAAAGAACCUUCUCAAAUAUCCAUGGUUCCAAGUGGAAUGAAUAUGAAACUAGUUGUCACCUAUCAUGAUGAUAGAGGAAUCCAAUUUAAAGCAAUGAAUUCUGACAUAAAAUAUUUGACAAAUCAUUUUAAUCAAAUAUCAAUGACACCAGGCGAUCAGAAAAAUGAAAUGGAAAUAUCAUUGUUUGAAUCGGGUGAAGUCAUUUUAAAAAUUUGGGAUAAUGGUGCACAACAUUUUAAAGAAGAUUACAUUAAAUUUAAUGUAGAACAUCUGAUUUAUCCAAAUCAAGCGACUGUUACUGUAGGAGAUGUUAUUUGUUUUCUAAUGCCAGUAAAAUUUAAUGAAGAUGAAAUGGGUAAAUGGCAAUCAGAUAAUAUUAAAUCAUUGGAGAUAGAUAAUUUAUCUGGAAUUAGUGUAGCUUUAGCACCUUCAGAUGUUUUUGUGACAUACUCCAAUAAUAAAUUUACGACAUCUACUGGCAUUACUAUUUUACCUAUUAAAGAUAUAAUAAUUUUACCAUUUGAUAAAAAUGUGCUAUCGAAUAGCGGCCAAAUUGAUAUUCCAUUAGUCUUAAUAAAUGAACUAGAAACUCCUUCAUCAAUUAAAAGUAAAAAAGGAAAUAAAUGGGAAUGGCGUGAUGAUGACUGUUCUAGACGAAUUAAUAUAUUGAAACGUUAUCCAUAUAUUUGCAAUGUACGAUUUGAACCAAUAUCAUCUAGUCAAGCAGAAAUUUUACCAAUUAAUCGAAUAUAUGAUGUAAAACCAAACUUCAAUUUGAAAACAGGUUACUAUAGUUGUAGUCUUACUUCACUACCAAUAAUUGAUCCUGAAAUGAGUUUGAUUAAAGCUAAAAUUGUAAUUCAAGUUUCUUCUGGCCAAAUUAAUACUGAGUUUAAAGAAAUAAAAUUUUUGCCUUCAGUUUUUAUCAAUAAAAAAGAAUUAUUUUUUGGACAAUUUAGUGGAAAUGACAAAUUAACUCUUAUUGGGUUACCCCAAGUGUUAUCACAAAUAAAAGUAUUAUCAAGUAAUGAAUCACUAGUACAUCCUGUAUUGUACAGUGAAAGUGAAAAUGAAAAAAUAUUUACGUUUGAAGUACACAAUUAUUUUUGGAAUGGUACAUUCCCUGAAUUACAUAUACUUAUAUCUUCUCCAUUAACUAAUCAACAAUCAAAGAUACCUGUAGUGACCUCACGUUCUCUUUUUGAAUAUGACUUUUCAAGACAAAGUUCAAGUAAACAUUAUGCCAAUAAUCAGGUUUAUCAAUCUACCAUGUUUCAUUUUUUACCUGGAAAUUUUUCUAGCAGUAUAUUUUUCAAUCCAUAUAUAAUUAGUUUGGCUAUAGUAAUUAUUACAUCUUGCUUUAUUUAUUGCUAUGGACUACCUUCUGGCGGCCGAUGUAUAACUUUUGUCAAAAGCCCCCCAACACCGCCAUCUCCUCCAGUAGGGUUUUACAAUAGAAGUUAUUCAAGUGACCAUAGUAAUAGAUCUUCUUCAUUAAAUCUUAAUAGAUCAUUUACUAGAAGGCAAUAAAACUAAAUAAAAUUGUAAAAUCUAAAUUAAAAAUGUUCACUAAGCAGUUAUUUUAUUUUUAUUGUAAAUAAAUCUUUAAAGCUUGUAUACCUUUCAAGUUGAAAAUGAA